AUGAAGCUCUCAUUGGGACUCACCUCUCUGUUGCCCAUACUAUGCACAGCAAUAGUCCACGACAACGACCAGCAGGCAAUAACUGGCCAACAACACGCAGAACAAUAUCACAGUAAUACGAAGCUCUCCGACGUAAUUGCCGCCUCCCCAUUACUUUGUCUUCACCGCGCAAUCUGCGAAAUCGAAUCCGUCACCGACGACGAAUUCGCAGUAGGAGAACUCCUCGUUUCGAUCCUUGAAGCCCACAACUUCACCGUCAAGACACAAAGCGUACCGCCGCCAAACUCGAACAAUAGCACGAAAGGCAGAUUCAAUGUCUACGCUUAUCCGGAUGUCUCGAAGUAUUCGAGCCUCGGAGCUUCAUCUAUCGAGGGAGAGCACGUGACGACGAAACCGAAAGUACUACUAUCAUCACACAUCGACACGGUACCACCACAUAUCCCGUAUUCACUAUCGCUUCCAAAACCCGAAUCCAAAUCAUCGCGCAAGGACAUCCUCAUCUCCGGCCGCGGUACCGUCGACGACAAAGCCUGUGUGGCGGUCCAGCUGCAAACGGCAUUAGACCUGCUCUCGAGCGGAGGGGUCUCGCCCUCGGACGUGGCCUUGCUGUUCGUGGUCGGCGAGGAAAAGCGCGGCGAUGGCAUGCGCGCGUUUUCCGACUCCAAGCUCUACAAGGCGACCAACAGCGGCUAUAAAGCCAUCCUGUUCGGCGAACCGACAGAGGGCAAACUCGCCGCCGGACACAAGGGCAUUGAAAUGCUCACGCUCAAGGCUCGCGGCAAGGCGGCGCACAGUGGAUAUCCGUGGCUGGGGCGGAGUGCAAACUCGAUGAUCCUACCUGCGUUGACGGUGCUCGAUGCGCUGGGCGAUAUCCCCGAGGCGGAGGGCGGCUUGCCUCGCAGCGACAAAUACGGCAAAUCGACAGUCAAUGUAGGGUACAUGCAGGGCGGGGUGGCGGGCAAUGUGGUCCCCGAAUACGCCACGGCAGAUAUCACGUUCCGGCUUGCGGGCGGCACGGUGUCUGAAGUGCGCGAGAUCGUCACGCAUGCUGUCCGAAAGGUCGACCCAGAGGGGUUGUUGGAGUUGGAGUUCAGCCAGGGGUACGGGCCCGUGCCAUUGGAUGCGGACGUCACGGGAUUCGAUACCAUUACCGUGAAUUAUGGGACGGAUGUGCCGAAUAUAGAGGUCAAGGAGGGGGUCAAGAGAUAUCUCUACGGACCAGGGAGCAUUCUCGUGGCUCAUGGGAAAGAUGAAGGGCUCACAGUGGGAGAUAUGGAGGAGGCAUUGGCCGGAUAUAAGAGGCUAGUCAAGCAUGCUCUGGAGUUGUAG